GUAGAAGCUAUAUAGAUGUUGACAUUGAAAGGAACUGUCGUGUUGGCCUUAGGCCUAGUUACCAUCGCAGUCGAAGAUGCCUUCACGAAGCAAAUUUUUACAUGUACAACUGGUUGGUGUCUGAACGGAGGAGCGUGCUCGAUUAUCAAUGGUUCCACGCAUUGCAGCUGUCCUGCUAAUUUUACUGGGAAGCGAUGUGAACUUGAUGUUGAUGAGUGUUCAACGCUAUCUCAACCAUGCAAGAAUGGAGGAACAUGUACCAAUAUAAUUGGUGGAUAUUACUGCAAAUGUACCACUGGUUGGGAAGGCUCAGAUUGUUCUAUUAACAUCGAUGAAUGCAAGACAGAUGAUGGGUACCCUGUUUGUCAAAAUGGCGGAACAUGUGUUGACAGGGUGGGGUCGUACAAGUGCAUAUGCCCUCCUGGGAAGACAGGUAAACAUUUGAAUUAUUUUGUGUAAUUAUGUUCUCAUACA